AUGCACGCAUCCAAGGAGCGCACUUCCUCCCUUUGGCCUUCGGUCAUCACCUACGCCAAGUCGUGCGUGCAAGCCGUCCUUCGUGAUGGCAUCCGUCGGGGUCAACUCGUCAUCGACGACUGCGAUGGCACACAUACGUACGGCGAAUACGACUCGUCGGACAAGCAGGCGCGCAUCGUCAGCAUUCGUGUGGUCAACGAAGACUUCUACGCUCGCGUCUACCUCCGUCAUGACCUCGGGUUUUCAGAAGCGUACAUGUACGGUGAUUUCGAGACUUCUGAUCUCAAGUCCAUCUUGGAUCUCUGGUUGGACAACCGUGAUCAUCUCGCCGGUCUCCAGUCUUACUUCGCCCGCUUCAUGACCACCAUGUCUGGUCUUGCGCUUCGCAUGUUCGGCCAGACGCUCUCUAACGCGAAGUUGAACGCGAUCGCGGGUUAUGAUUGCUGCAACGAGUUGUUCGAGGCUUUCCUCGGCGAUUCUAUGAUGUACUCUUCGGCUCUUUGGCCCGACAGCACCGGUGGCGUGCGUGGCGACCUCGAGAUCGACGGUCCUGCGGAGGCGGAUCUCGACACAGCGCAGAUCAACAAGCUCCACUAUCUCCUGCGCAAGGCUCGUGUUCGCCCUGGUGAUCGCGUCCUCGAGUUCGGUACCGGUUGGGGCUCAAUGGCCAUCGAGGCCGCCAAGAUGGGAUGCGUCGUUGACACCCUCACCCUCUCCAUCGAGCAAAAGCACUUCGCGGAGGCCAAGAUCGCUCGCCUCGGCCUUUCGGAGCGUAUCCGCGUGCACCUCUGCGACUACCGCAAUCUCCCCGCCGACUUCGAGAAGGCAUUCGACGCUUUUGUUAGCGUUGAGAUGGUUGAGCACGUGGGCUACCGCUUCCUACCGCAGUACUUCAAGAUCAUCGACUGGGCGCUCAAGUCGGACCGCGCAGCCGCCGUUGUCACCGCCACGACGCAACCCGACUCGCGCUUCGACACCCUGCAGGCGAGCGACUUUGCCCGCGAGUACAUCUGGCCCAACGCUUUCUGCCCCUCGCCCAUCUCUCUUGUGCAAAUCGCGAAGGACGCCACGAAGGGUCACUUCAACCUCGACAGCGUCGAGGACCACGCCCACCACUACCCCCGCACGCUGCGCGAGUGGGGCUACCGCUUCCAGCGCAACUGGAACGAGGAUCUCGUCAAGCACAUUGUCAAGGCGCAACCGCAACUCGCCAGCCCGGAGGAUCUUGCAAUCUACAAGCGCCGGUGGGAGUACAUGUUCGUGUACGCCGAGGUCGGUUUCGCCCGCGCGUAUACAUCCAUGACCUACUGGACUUUCGUCCGUCCGGAAAAUGUUGUCGAGCGCUGCGAUUAG